AUGGAAGCUGCACUGAAAAAGAAGCACUACACCCAGCAUUACAGAAGUGAGUGGGAGAAUAAUGAAGAAUUUAAACAUUGGUUGAGACCCGUACCAGGUGACUCAAGUAAAGCAUUUUGUAAUUAUUGUCGCUCUGAAAUGUACGCGAAAUUAAACGACCUUAAAAAGCAUUUAGAAACGAAGAAACAUAAAAAACAUUGUCAAUUGCUUUCCCAAAAUAAACAACUGACAUUUUCUGCCACCGCAACGAAAAUAUGCAAAGGUUGUUCAAGAGCUGAAUGCACAUUAGUUUUGUACAUUGCUGAACAUAGUUCAAUUUUCCACAUUGACCACUUGACUGAUGUAUGUAAACAAUGCUUAAAGGAUUCGAAAUCGACUAUAGAUAUAAAAUUGCAUAGAACUAAGUGUACGCAAAUCAUAAAUGAUAUAUUGGCGCCGCAUUUUAAGAAAGAACUACGAAGUGACAUAAGUGAUCAAAAAUAUAGUUUACUUUUAGACGAAUCAACGGAUAUAAGCGUCACAAAAUACCUUGGGAUCGUUGUAAGAUAUACAGUUCAAAAUUAA